AUGGAUAUUAGUAACGGAGGAGGAAAGAAGAGAAAGUCUGAUGAUGACUUUGUCAGAACAUUGGACGACGAUGAGAAUGAAGAGUUAUUUGAGGAUGUCGAAGGCGAGUGUCUCGAAGACGAUGACGAGCAAAUGGCAACAGUUGACGAUGAUGUUCUAGAUAAGACUGCUGAGUUCAAAUUUGAGGAUGAUAACAAGGUUGCACUACCAUGGAACUUUCAACCAACGAUUGAGUUGAUGAAGAAACAGACUAUUGCAUCCGGUUCAAAUCAAACAUCGAUACAGGAUAAGAUUCAACAAAGAUUGAAUGCAAAGAAGUUUAACAAGUUGGAGAAUAAGAAGAAGAAGAAUGAAGAUGGUGAAGAAGAGGAUGAUGAUGAUGAGGAUGAAGAUGAGGAAAAUGAUGAAGCCCCAAAUGAGGACGAUGAGGAAGAAGAUACAAUAACAACAGAUGAGAAGAAGAAGAAUGAUAGUUUCAAGACUCUACAAUCGAAUAGACGAAGAAAACAAGAGAUAGAAGAGGAGUUGCCAACGUUUGAUGAGUUGCAUUUAUCAAGACCACUUCAAAAGGCCAUUGCUGAUCUUGGCUUCUCGAUGCCAACACCAAUCCAGGCCAAGACAAUCCCACUGGCACUCAACGGCAAGGACAUUCUGGCCAGUGCCACCACAGGCUCAGGUAAGACUGCCGCAUUCCUAUUGCCAAUCCUCGAGAGACUACUAUAUCGCGACGUUGAGCAUCGCGCCAUCCGUGUGCUGGUCCUGCUGCCAACGCGUGAGCUGGCACUUCAAUGCCAGUCCGUGCUGGGCAACCUGGCCAAGUACUCCAACAUCACAUCGUGCCUCGUCGUGGGAGGUCUCAGCAACAAGGUGCAAGAGGUCGAGCUGCGCAAGCGCCCCGACGUCGUCAUUGCCACUCCCGGUCGUCUGAUCGACCAUCUGCUGAAUGCCUACGACGUGGGUCUGGACGACCUGGAGAUCCUGGUGCUGGACGAGGCCGAUCGUCUGCUGGACAUGGGUUUCAAGGACGAGUUGGAGAAGAUUGUGGACAGCUGUCCAAGCGCCAGACAGACGAUGCUGUUCUCGGCCACUCUCUCAGACGAGGUCAAGCAGCUGGGCAAGUUGUCACUCAACGCACCCAUCCGUGUGGCCGUCGAUGCGCUCUACCAGGUGGCCUCAACGCUCGAGCAAGAGUUUGUCAAGAUCAAGCCACAGGCGCUGGGCGACCGUCCCGCGUUGCUCCUGUCGCUGGCAACACGUGUCUUCAACAAUGGUGGCACGAUCGUGUUCUUCAAGAGCAAGAAGGAGGUGCAUCGCAUGCGAAUCAUAUUUGGUCUGGCUGGCCUGUCGGCGGCCGAGCUGCACGGCGACCUGUCGCAGGAGCAGCGUUUCGAAUCCCUUCAGCAGUUCCGUGAUGGCAAGGUCAAUUUCUUGUUGGCGUCGGAUGUGGCUGCGCGUGGACUCGACGUGCUUGGAGUCAAGGUGGUGAUCAACUACAACAUCCCGCGCAACCUGGCACAGUACAUUCACAGAGUUGGUAGAACGGCGCGUGCAGGAAAUGAGGGCCGCGCGUGUUCAUUUGUCACUGACGGCGACCGCAAGAUUCUAAAGGAGAUCGUUUCGCGCGCCAAGGCAAAGGCAAAGAGCAGAACAGUGUCGCAAGAGAGUGUCAAGUAUUGGCGCAACCGCAUUGAUGAGUUUGCCGAGGACAUCAAGUCGAUCAUCAAGGAGGAGCUCAAGGAGAUGGAUCUGCGCAAGGCUGAGAAAGAGCUGGCAAAGGCCGAGAAGCUGCUCAACGAGAAGAAGGGCGCACCCGUCAACCCCAUGGACCUGGACAAGCAGUGGUUCAUCUCCAAGUCCGACCAGGCCAAGGCCAAGGAGGCUUGGAAGAUCGAGGCCGGCAUACUCGACCCCAAGACUCUGGCCGAGGCCAAGGCCGCCAAGGAGGAGGCUGUCAACAAGAAGAAGGAGGCACGCGAUCCCUACGCAGGACUAUCAAGAAGAAAGAGAAGAAGCAAGAUGCAUCGCGAGGAGCUGGCCCGCGAGAUGGCCGAGGAGCAGCAGGGCAGCGACGACGACGGCGACGAUGAUGUGCUGGCUAGCAUCAAUGGCAAGCGACCAAAGAAGCCCGUCGACAAGGAGCUGGUGGACAAGGAGUUUAGACGCAUGCAGAACAGCCAGAAGGCAUCGGGCAAGGCCACCAAGAAGAUCGAGGCAUUACGUCGCGUUGGUAUAUACACAGGACCCACUGAACAAGAGAAGCUCAAGAUGGACAAGAAACAAAGCAAGAAGGAUGCCAAGAAGAACAAGUCUGGCUCCAAAGGACCACUCAACAAACAAAUCAGAAGUACAGACUUUGAGAAAGACAUCAACUCUAUCAGUGGCGGUUCAAGUUCAUUCGUCAAAGGCAAAGCUCAACAAGCCAAGAAGAAGAGGAGGCUCGACUAA